UUUCUAUAUUUUGUAAUGAAUGUUUUAUCAAGUGUUUUUUUAUUUUUUUUCCAAUUUCCAGUAGAAACUACUAAAAAAACAGUUGCGGCUUCUACACCGAAACCUGGAGGUGACAAGCCUCAACCAGGUGGUGGUGACAAGCCUCAACCAGGUGGUGGUGGUGGUGGUGACUUUGGGCUUGACGAUCUCAAUGAUGCUGUUGGUGGUCUGCCCGCUGAAGAUCCUAGUGGACAUGACAAUAAACCAAUUGGUGGUGGUGGAGAGGAACCGCCUCAAGAAAAUCAGAGUGUUAUAGCCGGUAUUGUGAGUGCGGUGGCUGUGGCUGCUGUCGGGGCGGUGUCCAGUUUCAUUGCUUACCAGAAGAAAAAGCUGUGUUUCAAAGGUGCAGGAGCAGAUGAUCCAGAAAAUGUAAAUCCAGAUGCUCACAAAGGAGACCAGGCAGAACCACAAGUCCAAAGUACUCUACUUCAGAAAUAAAUGCUGAAUGAAGGAUUGUUAACAUGCCCCACAAGGCUGCCCACAGAAAAGCAAUUCCUGGAGAAAGUGGUUUUUUUUUUAAUUUUUGUUUUUUUCUAUUGAGGUUUUACAAAAAGACUUGAAAAUUCCACCCUUUCAGUGGACAGCAAAAAAGAAGCACAACUAGAAUUUUUGUGGAAUUCUGAGAUGGUUCUCUGCCCUCCUAAUUGAUAUAGCUUUGAUUAAUGCAAGAGGGAAAUUGUCCAUGGAUUUUAAGUGUCAAUUAUUUUUGUCUUGUGUGUGUUUUUUAAAAUCCUGUAAAAAAUCGCCCUACACAGAGAACCAUUCUGUGGGCUGUUUGGUUCCCUUAUUAGGGGUAUAGGUGGUCUUUCCAUUUACACCCUGAUUGCAGAACCAAUCAGAAGCUGCAGUAGGAUGUUGGAACUACUGUUUGAUCCUCUUGCUCACCCCAAUUGCAAUCAUUUUAAAUUAGUUUACUGCAGCGUUUUGCCACUUAAGUGGUGGUGCAGCUUUAAGAGUACAUUUUAAUGUUUGAUGACUAGAAAUAUACAUGUCCUUUUUCCAUUCUCUAUAUAUCGUAGGCCUGUAAGAUAACCAUGUGGGGGUCCAUAUUUCCCUGAUUAUUAGAUAUGCAAUAUGUUAUAUUCUCAUGGGAAAUACCUAUUUUGGGGUUGAGCACUACUUCAUAAAUCUUUCUGUUGUACCAGCCCCAUCUUUAUAAAAAGCUUGGCUAAAGAACCAUUGCAGGUUAAGUUUAGUAAGAUUAGAAUGGUAAAGAGGUAGAUACGGUUACUUGGGUCAUAAGGGUUAAUGAGUUCACCCCAUUAGGUGUUUUUAAUUGCUGUUUGCCAUAAAGCAACCGUAGUAGUUGUAAUGACCGGACCUGUGUUUUCCCCCAAGCUACACUUAAUUCACACUCUGCCUUAUUCAGAGAUGGCCACAGUUCAUGUUGCUGCUGUGUCUUUGGACACAGCAGCAGCGUUUAAAUAUACAGCAGGAGGCAUCUGAAGGAAAGAGACUCCUCCUGGUGGUAUCGCAGAUCCAAAAUCCCAAUCGGAUAAUUUGCAAGAUCAUCAGCCAUCUGAGUAACCUGAGGUUACUCAGAUUGCCCCUCACAGCUCCGUAAUUGAGGCCCAGAAACACUCUGGAAUGCUGCCCCGGCUCCGCCCACUCCCUUCCCCCAAAUGGCCACAGCAUGUCAAUCUGGCUGUAGUUUAGGGGGCACUGUAUGUGACUGUGCAGAACCUUUUCUGUACAUGCAUAGAAUGGGUCGUGCGCAGGCACCCACCACUGGAGAUGUACAGAUGUGUACACUUGCAUCUAUCCUCACUGCAUAUUAAACAACCAUUCUAGUCACGCCAUGCCUUGGCCUGACUCGGUAGCGCUGAGUGUCUACACGUGCAACUUUUUCCAGGCAAAUAGGAUGCACAAGCAGCUGUAUCUGCUUUCGAAAUGGUACGUUACAGUGUUUUCAUUUCGUAUGCAGUUACAGCUCUAGAUGCACAGAGAAUACAGGUAUGCUGCAUAUCAUUUUAAUCGGCAGCGUCUGUGUUGGCAUCCCAUUUGCAUAGCGAUACGAAUAAGACGCCUUUUCGGCAAAAAAGACACCCAACACUAAAAAGUUGCAUGGUACCUGUCAGCUCAUUCACACCAGGCUUCUCCUGCUACAUGGCAUAUUGAGGCAAAAUGUAUGUUUGCAUAGAGAUGUGUCCUCCAAUCUGGUUUGUGUACUUCACUGAAUUAGGCCCUGUGAAUGCAGCAGAUGUGUGGUGUCACUUGGGACUUGGAAGGCGGAAGAAACAAAAUGUGCGUUCUGGCUAUAAAAAGGGUUUGCCUCCUUGUGCUUUUUUCUUGAUGUUAAAGCUUGCCAAUUGACUGUUACAAUGUACUCUAGUAAAUAAAACCUUUUUUUAUA